AUGGCAUACGACACCACUGACGCUUCAGGCUGUGGAGCCUGUCGACGCGGUAAACGUCGAUGCGAGCCCACUCCCCUCGUUCCCGCUUCCCAUCCCGACGCGGCCAAGCUCCCUUGCGCCCGAUGUCGCCGCUUCGCCCUAGAAUGCGUCCGAAUCCAGGUCCCACGUCGGAAAGGUCCGGCCAAGGUCGAUCUGUCGGCUUAUUCAGACGCUGUCAAUGGGUUCGCUCCGCCGAGUACCGGGCAUUCCGGGGGUAGCGGAGCCGAGCUCGGGUUGUUGGAGAUGUCGGCGACGCCAGCUCAGCCUCCGGGGCCGACGCCGCUCUUCACGCCGACAGUGUCUGGCGGGAUUGGUGCAGGAGGGAGUGGCGGAAUACAGGAAUGGCCAGGGCCGGUAGAUAGGAGGAGGAGCAGUGCGAUGAGUGGGGAUGACCCAUCGCCUGUCAUGCCGGGUCUGACUAGAGCAUCCAGCUCUCAUCUUGCGCCGAUACCCGACAGCUUGGACCAGGUGACGGACGGCACCACUGUCAAUACCAUCAUCAAGCUUUUUUUCGACUAUGUCUAUCCGCUUACGCCGUGCCUGCACCGCCCGACCUUCCUCGCGGACCUCGCUGCGCGGAGAGACAAGACCGACCCCAUCUUUUUCGCGCUCACACUGACCGUCCUCGCAUCGACGCUCGUCCAGGUCCCGCGAAACCUGAUCAAUAUGGACAAGGAGGAAGUGGAGCAUCUAGCGAGGGUGUGCGUGAAGGUCGCGAGGGCGAAGAUUGGGUUUGUGUUUGAGGAGAGCAUACCGGUUGAGAUCAGCUUUAUUGUGAUCUCAUAUUUGGAGGGCAUUGUCCAUCUGCUAUUAGGGAACAACACCGCCCAUGUUAUGUGUACGGCGAAUGCGAAUCAGCUCGCUCUGGCGAUGCGGCUGAACGAAGAGGCGAGCUAUGAAGGCCUCGACCCCAUCGAAUCAGAAAUCAGAAGACGGACGUACUGGUUGCUCUUUCAAGCAGACAAGAGUGCGGCGUGUAUGCGCGCUCGGACGAUCAAUCUCCGGUUGGAGGAUGCUGCUUCACUGAGACUACCGGCCGAAGUGGACGACGAGCAGAUCACCCACGGUGGGAUUACAAUGCAGGCGCCGGGCCGGACCUCGAUCAUUGCUGGUUUUAACGUCGUCACCAACCUUUUCAGGAUCAUGAAUGAUGCUCUGCUGCUCCAGCGCCGUAAAGCCCCGCCUACAGUUGACAGUAUCCUCGCGGACUUGCAGAAUGUCAAUAACCUGCGGGAGAAGGUGAUUGACACGACCAAGCAUGUGGCGCCAAAGCUGCAAUUGCAUAAUACCAUGGAUUCGAGGGUAUCCAGCCCCGCACACGACUGGGAAGCCAAGCUCGAAGCGCGUUUCCUCGACUACUUUCACUCGGCAGGCGACGGCCCCUCUGUCCCCAUCCUCAACUCCUUUCUCGUCCUACAGGGCAAUAUCCUCGUCACGCAAUCGGUCGUCCGGCUCGUUCUCCUGCACUCGAAAGAAGCCCUCUUGUCGCAAUUGGCGGCAAUCACGCAGAUGCCCGCGGUGGGGCUGGGGAAUCUGGCGGGGAUGCAAGCGACCGAGCCGGCCGAGGAUAUCGCGUGUGAGCUGUUGGAUGGGCUAAAUAGUUUGCCGGUGGAGUGUGUGGCUACGAAUGGGCCGUCGUUGGUGCAAAAGGUCCGCUUUGUCGCUAUUCAGCUGAUGGAGUGUUCGAUUGCGCCAUCGAGUACUACGGCGAGAGCGCAGAAACUCCUCAUGCAGUUCUUGUCGGUACUGAGCGUGAUCGAGGGGAUGUACACAUUCGGGCGGGAUAUUUCUGCGGAAUGA